AUGGCGGAGUAGCAACGCGAAGCGGGUGGUAUUGAGUCUCUGGGCAGACUCCUGUUCCGGUCUCCACGGCAGCAGUGCUCGCUGAGCGAAAAGCGCCUCGGGCAGUUGGUCAAGAUGCCGAAUAUCAAGAUCUUUAGCGGCAGCUCUCACCAGGACUUAUCCCAAAAAAUUGCUGACCGCCUGGGCCUGGAGCUAGGCAAGGUGGUGACUAAGAAAUUCAGCAACCAGGAGACCUGUGUGGAAAUUGGUGAAAGUGUACGCGGAGAGGAUGUCUACAUUGUUCAGAGUGGUUGUGGUGAAAUCAAUGACAAUCUAAUGGAGCUUUUGAUUAUGAUUAAUGCCUGCAAGAUUGCUUCAGCUAGCCGGGUUACUGCCGUCAUCCCAUGCUUCCCUUAUGCCCGGCAGGAUAAGAAGGAUAAGAGCCGGGCUCCAAUCUCAGCCAAGCUUGUCGCAAAUAUGUUAUCUGUAGCAGGCGCAGAUCAUAUCAUCACUAUGGACCUACAUGCUUCUCAAAUUCAGGGCUUUUUUGAUAUCCCAGUGGACAAUUUGUAUGCAGAGCCAGCUGUCCUGAAGUGGAUAAGGGAGAAUAUCUCUGAGUGGAGGAACUGCACUAUUGUCUCACCUGAUGCUGGUGGAGCUAAGAGAGUGACCUCCAUUGCAGACCGGUUAAACGUGGACUUUGCCUUGAUUCACAAAGAACGGAAGAAGGCCAAUGAAGUGGACCGCAUGGUGCUAGUGGGAGAUGUGAAGGAUCGGGUGGCCAUCCUAGUGGAUGACAUGGCUGACACUUGUGGCACGAUUUGCCAUGCAGCUGACAAACUUCUCUCAGCUGGAGCCACCAGAGUUUAUGCUAUCUUGACUCAUGGAAUCUUUUCUGGUCCCGCCAUUUCUCGCAUUAACAAUGCGUGCUUUGAAGCAGUAGUAGUCACCAAUACCAUACCUCAAGAGGACAAGAUGAAGCAUUGCUCCAAAAUUCAAGUGAUCGACAUCUCCAUGAUCCUUGCAGAAGCCAUUAGGAGAACUCACAAUGGGGAAUCUGUUUCCUACUUGUUCAGCCAUGUCCCUUUAUAAUAGAAUAACUUCUGCGGCUUUAAAAAAAUAAAACCAACCCCACCCCCUGUUUACCCUUAGUAUUUGAUGGCAAGUUCAGCAGAAGACCCAGCUUGCUCCCGUGUAGCUUUCUACGUGCCACAUCAGAUAUAUUAGUGUUUAUCCUAAUUUGGGGAAAGACAGAUUGAGAUUAACUGCUGGGAUUUUCUACCUGCACAGUCUCAUUCUGGCUUCCUUCAUGAUUUUGGGAGCCUUGUAGCUUUAACUACAGCUCACCUACUGUAAGAUUUCAAACUUUUGAGGGUGUUAUGUAGGGGUGUGAUUUGAAUGUGAUUGGGGAAGCUCAGACUACUUAGCAUGUAAAUACUUCAGGGUUUUCUUUGUUCAGAACAACUAGCAACAAAGGCAACCCAUGUGUGACAAGUUAUCUAAGGUCUCUGCUAAAUUACAGCAAGAGCCCUGGCAACCCCAACUCUACUCCUGGUAGCUGGGCACCCUGUAAGACAGGAGCAGGCAGCUCAGCUUGA